AAAUGUGCGACAAACUGGUGGCGCCACGACGUGGCUGGAGGCGGAGGUAGGCGUUGUGAUCACAUUACAGACAACAGUGUGUAUUUGCGAUAGCCGGAGCAACGCGGAACGUUCGGAAUGUCUCGCACAAACUGUUGCAUCGUAAAUUGUAGCAACACAUACAAGAAGUGCCCGCCAGGAACCAAGUUUUUUCGGUUUUCGACGCGGCCGUGCUUCCAAGAUCAAAGAGAGCGGUGGAUUCGCAGCGUACGUCGUGUCAAUGGCGAUGGAACUGAGUGGCAACCAUCCAUGUGGUCAAAGAUAUGCAGCACUCACUUUGUGGGCGGUAAACCGUCGACAGACCCUUCUUCUCCGUCCUACGCCCCGACCAUCUUUCCGUCGUCGUACCGCAACGUGAGCACGAUUGUCCAGGACAAAAGUAACCGCUACAAUCGCUGGAGAAAGCGGGCAUACACUCCUGUACGUUCGACGAAUACAGAUGAAGCAGAUGGAGCUGAUGAUGCCAUUUUGACAAAUGCAGAUGGAACUGAUGACGCCAUGUGCUACAGCGACACACCAGAUGAGGCUCCAUGCAAUGAAACGUUGGUGUCAUCUUUUCUGAGUGAAGCAGAUGCUGGCCAGAUGCAUGAGGUUGCUACACAAACAGACGAAAGUUGUGGCAACACAACUGGUAUUUUCCUCAGUUGUGCACUUAUCGCGACUGUUUCUGAGGCAUCUGUACAAUGCAGCUCGUUCCUGAUGUCCCCAAAAGAGACAUGUGAAAAAGGCAUUGGAACCGUAAAUGCAGAUCAGUUUCAGCCGAGAGGCUUCCGUGGCUACGACUCUGUGACAUCUGAAAGCGACCAUGCUGAAGUCCUAAAGGACCUGACGGGAGUGUCUCCUACCUGCUUCGCAGUUCUGCUGGGGUUGUUGACACAGGUGAAGACUCCACGUGCAAUGGACAUCAGCCGUGAGAGUCGCCUUCUGCUUUUCUUAAUGAAGAUGAAACAUGCCCUGACAUUUGCUGCGCUGGGUGCCCUCUUCAGUGUACACCGCACGACAGCUUCCCGCACAUUCUAUGCCACUCUGGACACAUUGUAUUCGAAGACACAAGGGUGGUUAAUAUGGUUUCCACGAGAGGUAGUGCAAGAGACGAUGCCCCAUUCUUUUCGGGAAAAGUACCCAACAUGCAGGGUAAUCAUAGAUUGUACAGAAGUGCCAAUUGAAAAGCCCCCUGAAGUCAGUGAACAAGUUAAUUGCUGGAGCAGCUACAAGAGCAACUUCACAUUGAAAUUCCUAGUUGGUGUGACCCCUUGCGGCUUCAUAUCAUUUGUUUCCCGUGUCUUUGGAGGGCGCUCAAGUGACACUUACAUUACAGCAAACUCUGGAUUGCUAGACUUGCUCGAACCCAAUGAUCUUGUGAUGGCUGACAAAGGAUUUCCCCAUAUCCGGUGUGACCUAGAUGCACGCCAGGUUACGCUGGAGAUCCCACCUUUUGCUCGAAUGAAUGAGCAAUUCACAGCAUUAGAAGUGGAACGUACCUACAAGAUAGCUUCCCAUCGUGUUCACGUAGAACGCUGCAUUCAAAGAAUCAAAAUAUUUAACAUCUUGAAUGCAAAGUUGCCCCAAGAGCUCAGAAAUCAUGUGGACAAAAUAGUAACUCUAUGCUGCGUUCUUGCAAACAUGCAGAAGCCCAUAUUUAAAAAUCUGUGAAGAAAGAGAACAGAGAAAUAUAUGACUCAGGGGAAAAGUGCUGACGCCAGGAAUUAAGCCUAGGCCUUCCUGAAUUCUGGUUAGGGACGCCACUGUUGCACCACGACAGCAGCACAUUCUCCUGA